GGCAGGAAAAAAAAAAGUUGUUUGAUCACAUUUGUAACGGACUGAGUCCUCACAAAGCGGGCAGCUUCUCCACAAAGUCGAGUUUUGUAAGCUCAUUCCUCUCCUUCCAAGAUGAACAGAAUUAUUCUCCAGCUUUUUGCAGUCGGAUUCUGCUUUGCAAUCGGCCAGGCCCUGCAGUGCUACGAGUGCAAAAUUGGCUUCUGGAACUUGUGCCUAACCACUAAAACCACAUGCAACAGUGGAGAACAGUGCUUCAGUGGUGUCGGGAAAGCAGCCGGCUUCGUGGACAUCAAGACGAAGGGCUGUCUGGCAGUGGCUGACUGCAACAAGACCCAACAGGUGAACUUCCCCAACAGCGACUCCAACACCACCGUUUACACCUUGACCAAGACGUGCUGCAACAACGACCUGUGUAACGCUGCGCCUGGACUGCCCGGCACCUCCGGGCUGAGCAUGGCCCUCGCUGCCAUCACAGCUCUGUUUGUGGCCAACGUUGUGGUUUGAUGGAAAAAUAAAGUGGAUGCAUAAAUGCAUAAAACACACACACAUGGGUCUUGUGUUUUUUCUAUCCUAGAAGUAUAAUACACACACUGAUAUAAACACUUACAGUGUUUAACACUUUAAGUGAUCUAAACACUUGAACUGUUUAUAUCAGUUAAAUUUAAAUUCUCUUUUCUUUUUUCUUUUUAGACUCAUCAGUAACCUGUCCCUGUUCUCAUUUCAUUAUAAACGAUAUUAAAAUGUUAGUUGACCGACCAUUUAAAGUGUAAAACAAGUGUGUACCACCGACAUUAAAGAUGAUUUAAGAAGUCCACCACAACUAAAGUGCCCUGCAAUUAACUUUCUCUUCUUGAAUGAGCAGUAUAAGGUUUAGGCACAAGUCCAUGGGUGUCAGUAGGUGAAUUAUGUGUUAGGCAUUUCACUGUGUGAUUUAAAUUGUUUUUGUAGGUUGAUUUGUGGGAAUAAAGGAAUUGUCCAACAUUUGCCCAGAGUUUGAUUAAAAAAAGAUCAAUACCACUUUCAUAUCUGUCCGUUAAAUCCUAAGCUUCAACUAGUAGCCACUUAGCUUAGCAUAAAGACUGGAAACAAGGGGAAACGGCUAGCCCGGCUCUGUCAAAAGAAAUAUGCCUACAAGCACCUCUAAAGCGCACUAAUUAGUUGUUAUUUCUUGUUUGUUUUGUCCUUGGGUGUAAAACAAGUUGAUUUCACAAUUAAAUUAGUGAGCUUUAAAGGUGUUAGUGAUUGUAUUCUUUUACCAUUGGACAGAGCCGGGACAUCUGUUUCCCUGUUUCCAGUCUUAAUGCUUUCCCAUCUAACUCUAUGCAAGAAGGGGAACAAGUAUAUUUCUCAAACUAUUCCUUUAAUUUAUUGCCUUUGACCUGCUGUAUUGUCCGUUUUUAGAGUUAUAAUGCCAUUAUAUAGAUUUCAAAGCUUCUGUGAACAUUUCAUUUAUUGCCAUUUGCUUUGUGUUCACUUUAUUAAGGUGUAGCUAACAUAAUUGUCUCUUGGCUUAUGUCUGGUACUGUCUGUGAAAACAUUUAUUUUGCUGGUUUUUCCAUUUUUUUUUUCUCCUUUUACUGAUAUAGCUCAAUCAAUUCUGCGUGUAAUCUGUUUUAUUUUUUAUAUUUGAGUCAAAUACACACUGCACAUCACUUAUAAACCAUGGGGUUAAAAGCUUUUGUUUGUACCAAAAGUGUAUGUGUAGGCCUGUCUGAAUGUGUUUUGUAAAAUUGGUUAUGUAAACAAUUCGAAGAAUGCAAUAAAAUCCAAACUGGGUGAAAACAAA